CGUAUUAUUAUUCAUUUUGCGCUUUUUUUCAAAUAAAAUUUGUUGAACAGAAAAUAAUUGGUUUCGGCGUUGAAAUUUAUUUUUAAAUCACAGACAGACGCCGACAACAAAGAAAAAAAACAACAGAUUGAUUACAAAAGACAUGGAUUUGUUGAAUGACGACUGUUUAUAUAACAUUUUUCAAUAUCUGUCGUUAGAAGAUCAGAUGGCCGUUUCAGGCGCAAGCAAAAGAUUCGGUUGUGUGUUGGAUGUCAUUUGGAGAGCAAAAUAUAAAAACCGGUUAGAACUGAAAUUAAGUACCAAAAUGCAAACAAGACUGGAAGGAGUUAAAGUAUUCAUUAGCCAUGUUAACCAAUAUGUUCAACACGUUCAACUUGAAAGUGAAACUGUCGAUCUCGUAAAUGAGUUAAGCCCAUUUCAAUUCUACAAAACGCAUAAGUUAUACGUUUCAGUGGAAAGUACCCAGUUGCUGCAAGAUAAGUUUGUAGCCAAAUUGCAUGGUAUAUUUCCCAAUGUAAAAAUUUUGCAACCAGCAGGGAAAUUUACGGGCGCAGGCUUUACAAUGUGGAAAAGUAUAGAAGAAUUGACCCUCAGUUCUUGUUUCACAUUUCAAUUUGAAUAUUUAGAAGAAAUAUUGCGAGAACUACCGAUUCAUACAUUAAUAUUAAAGAGUUUCAAAGCAAAGUUGCCACGACUGGGCACCAAUGCAUUACAAUAUUGCGCUUUGCGCACGUUGGUUUUGAAUUCCUAUGAAUUGCCAUAUUUUACGCCGAACCUACACAACUUGCUCAAUUUGAAGAACUUGCAAAUCAGCGAUCUAUAUUCGUCAUCCAACUUAGAUACACUACAUAAUAAGUUGGUGGAACUGCAUAAUAUACUUCGCAUUGAAGCGAUAAGCACACGCGAAUUCAUAGCGAUAUUUCCGAAAAUUAUUGACUUGCAUUUGCAUACUCGCUUGCGGCAUUUGCUUUUGGCAACCGAUCCAAUAGCAGUUUCCGCAAUGCUUCGUUAUAUUCAACAAAUACCUUCUUUGCGCGUGUUGCACUUUCAUACUUGUUAUGUGCGCAGUGCAGCGGAAUUUCUAAAAUUGCUUUCGCUUUCAUCGCAUUUGGAUGAAAUAGGUUUCGAAAGUUGCAUUUUCAGUUGCUCUAGUCUGUUUCUGGAUGUCGAAGCUUUUGUGAAAAAGCGGACUAAACUACUCGUUUUAAACUUUUUUGAAAACAAGUCGGAAAAAGGAAUUAUGAUUAACCUAGAAUUGAAAGAGCAACACGACUUGUUAAAAGUGGAGCGCGAACAGAAAUUAUUCAGGGGCUGCCAUUAUUUGGCUUUUCAAUUUACCUAAUUGUAAAAAAUGUGUACGUGCGUGGCGUUACGUGUGUUGUUGUUGUAGCAGUUCACAAAGCUAAGGUGUUAGGUAAGUGGGUAUACGUCAAAUGCGUCAAGCCGUUCGAUGGAACCACGUUUAAUACUUUGUACUCUAUAUUAUUUAGACAUACGCACAAAUUUAUUACUUUAUUUUACGAGAAUGAAUUAUGCCUGUGACCGUUUUACAUUAAUACUAUAAAAAUAAAAUAAUUGUGGUAUAUUGUGUCUGUAA